AUUAUGAAGAAGGCAGUAAAGGAGGCUGAGAGAAUCUCCUCGAAAAUAUCAUCUCCGAUGAUUCUUGAUCCAUACGGAUCUCAAGGAUCCGGUAUCAUGCCAUAUUUAAAGGACGCGUUGAGAACUAGAACAGCGUUGAAUUAGGCUGAAUCUUGUUUCAUUGGUAUUAGGAGUCUCAAAGUUAUUUAGAUUUUAAACGAAGUUAGUUUCCUUUAUUCGCAAAAGAUAGAUAUUUCGAAUUCGUGGAAGCCUAUAAUAGAAAGGACAAGGUAGAUUUGAUUAGAUUAUUGUCUGUUCCAUUAUAUGAUGUAUUGCAUUAUUUAAUUGUUAGAUUGUUAAAGCUUGUCUAAAGGACAAUAAGCCUUUGCCUUUUAAAUUGUAUAAAGAGAUGACGGAUGCUUAAAUGGUUUAGGCUAGAGUAUAUUAUUAAAAGGAAAUAUCAUUGCAGUCAUAAUACAUAUGGUAUCAAAUUACUGUUAAAUUUAAUUUUAUUGAUCCAGAAACUAAGAAGGAUGUUGUAAAAUACAAUGUUCUAGAAAGAAGAGAAUCAGAUAGUUCUGAGAAGGAUUGGCGUAUAUGUAAAUUAGAUUGAAUUAAAACCAC